AUGGUUUUGUUGUUUGUAUUAGUCAUAUUAGAGUGUAAUGGAAUAAACCCAUCUGAAGAUGAGACAUAUUAUCCGUCAUCCCUUCUUUUGGAAGCACUCAAAAAGUUGCUCAAAGAGACAGAGAAGGUGAUUAGAUCGUAUGGACUGUUUUCAAUUGAAAUUGAGAAGCACAGAAAAUUGUUUACACCUAAAUUGGAGAUCACAGUCCAACAAAUGAAAAUAUGUGAAGAUGAAAUGAGUUCAUUUCUAAGAGAAAUAAUCGAAGCUAAAACAAUUAAAAAACUGACAUUGAUGAAAUGGUUUGAAAAAAUAGAUGAAUGUUACGAUUUGCACUCAACAGAGCGUGGUUAUGGCAAAUACAUGUUCUCACUCAAAACAAAUUUGGAGAACAUUAAACAUGGCGCUGAUUUAUCACGAACACAAAAACUAAGAUCGUACAACGAUUUGAUGCUUCAAUUGAUGUUCUUUGAGUUAAAAAGAAAGGUUUUGUUGCAACUUGGGAAGGAGACGAAGAUUCAUAAAUCUGUUGAUUUCAUCCGAUCACAAACACGACUCGGCGAUUUUCUUGAAUCGUUAAAAAUACUCUACAGUGACGAAUCACUCAAAAUACAUCGAAGACCGAUGCUUGUCUUACCUAAACCACAAACACCUGAACACCCGCCUCCAAAAGAACGACCAAAAGUGAUUCCAAUGAAGAAAGAAACGAAAAGUGUCAGAGAGUUGCUGCAAGAACCGUAUGUCCCAGAAGGAAUUGAUACAAAGACUCAACAAGGAGCUGUUGGUGGCAAACAAACAAGCAGAGAGACAAAACAACGAUCAAGCCUCAAACAGCCAUCUUCUCCAGAAAAAGAAAAAAGACGUCUCAAAUUUGCAGGAACAACAACAACCAUGUUUGACAUUAUGACUCAAAAAGACGACAAACGACGACAAAGACGACUCUCGACACCAGACCAAAAAACACCAAAAAGCACUCCAACACUCCAAAGAUCGCUCAGUGAAGCUGAGGGAAAGAAAAAAGAAAGUGGUGAGACAAAAAGUGAACAUUCAGAACAAAUCAGAAGUGGUGGACAAAGAACACCAAGGCCACAACAAAGCCACCCAUUUGAUUUUGGACAACAACAGCAGCAACAACAACUUGUUGUCAGACCAAAAGUGCCAAGAGAAAAAAGAGGCGAACAAAAAGUAUUAACUUCAACUGAAGACCAACACGAAAGAAGACAGCGGCGACCAAGUCAAACACAAACAACAAAAACUCCACACCAAAAAACACAACAACCACAAUUGGCAGGAAAGACUUCAACAGUGUUUAAAAUUCUCACAACAAAACCAAGCCAAGACGUGUUCACAACACAAAGGAAAAGACACACAUCAGCUCCACAACCAAAACAAAAACAAACGCCAGCAUCAAGUGUGUUACACAGAUCUCAUAGCUAUGUCUCUGGUGAACAUCAACAGAAAGACGAUCCUCCAACAAAGGAUGAAAGUUCAACAGAAAAAGAAACUGGCAAAACAGACAAGUAA